GUCUACUCCAGCACUACAUCACUGGUGCGUCGCUGAUGUUGGAGCGCACUGCUGAGGGGUGCUGGACUUUCUGAGGUUUUUCAUUGGCGGACGGAUGCCAAAAGCUCCAGUCAGGAAACGUGUCAGGUUUCAGGGAGCGGGUGGGGGAGUGACAUUUCUUCAGGGGGAGAGCGAGAAAGAGAGAGAGAGAGAGAGAGAGAGAGAGAGAGAGAGAGAGAGAGAGAGAGAGAGAGAGAGAGAAGAAGGAGAAAAAAAGCCCAAAGCUUGACAAAAGCGCAUGAGAAGACGACCAAGGUCCUCGGAGACUGGGAAGCGCUUUGGAGUUCAGUGACUAACAUGAGCUCAGAGAGUGUGUGUGCGUGCGUGUGUGUAAUGCGUGUAAGAGCGUGUUUACUGUGCGCGUGUGUGUAGGAGGACGUCGAGACAGCCGCGUUUCACACGUUUUAAGGUAUUUGUCUUUGGAGGUGCGCAGAUUAUCGGACCAUCUGAGAAAUACAGGAGGAUCUGAGUUUGUGAAAGGACGUGAAGGACUCUAACGGAGGGGGAAAAAACAAAAUCUUCAUUCUCUGUUGCUUCACAAAACUAUAUGGACGGAUAAAUAAUAAUUAAACAAACUAUUGGGGAUUUUUGUUUUGUUUUUGCGACGCUUCCAUCUGGCAAUGCUGUUCUCUGCAAAGGAUCAGUGAUUUCUUUUGGCUGCGGCUUUAUUUCUUUACUUUUUUUAUAUUUAUAUAUAUUUUUUGUGCUCCUGUUUUUUUUUUUUUUUUUUUGCCGACUUGUGGAAUUUGGAAUAGUGAACCUUUGAGCUGCGAAGUUGGGGGAAGAAAAAGAGAAGCUCAGCGUCCGGGCCGCAGGAGUGAUCAGAUCCUUCCAGUGGGCUUCAGUUCAUGAGCUGCCGUCUGCAGUUCAUGGUCCGGUGGAGGCCCUCAGAUGGGAUCAGUGUCCAGGGGGAGGUGGAGGAAAGGGGGAUGGGGAGGUGUGUUCACCACUGAUGCCAUGCCCACCUGGCCAUGGCUCUUGGUUGUGAUCCUGCUGAUAAGCUUGGCAUCGACUGUCCGGGCACGGCCGCCCAUUGUGCCCAGCGAAGAGGAAGAUGCCACGGUUGCUGACGAGCUUCCUGUCAAUUCCGAGAGCUCUAAGGCCACCGUGUGCUCGGUGCACCCAGGAGACAUUGUGAAGCUGAACUGCCCGCUGCCCGAGGCAGCUGCCAUCGUGUGGACCAAAGACGGCACGUCGCUUAUUCCAGACAACCGUACGCUCAUUGAGCGUGAGCAGCUGCACAUCCGCCAUGCUGCACCGACUGACUCAGGCCUAUACUCAUGCCAGGCAACUGGCACUAAGGCCACAGAUGCGGUUUGCUUCAUUGUUAAUGUCACAGAUACCAUCUCAUCCGGUGACGAUCAGGACGACGCUGAGAGAUCGGAUGAUGUCGGGGCAGACACCGAGCAGAUGCGUGCACCACGAUGGACCUCACCAGAAAAGAUGGAGAAAAGGCUUCACGCUGUACCAGCAGCCAACACAGUGAAAUUCCGGUGUGCGGCGGUGGGAAACCCAAUUCCGACGCUACACUGGCUCAAAAACGGAAGAGCUUUCCGACCUGAAGACCGCAUGGGUGGCUAUAGGGUCCGACAUCAACACUGGACUUUGAUCAUGGAGAGUGUGGUUCCUUCUGAUAAAGGCAACUACACCUGUGUGGUGGAGAACAAAUACGGCUCGAUCAACCACACCUACACCCUGGAUGUAGUUGAACGUUCCCCACACCGGCCUAUUCUCCAGGCGGGUCUGCCAGCCAACGUCACUGCACACAUUGGAGAGGACGCUCGCUUUGUGUGUAAGGUGUACAGCGAUGCCCAGCCACACAUCCAGUGGCUCCAUCAUAUCAUGAAGAACGGCAGCCGAUAUGCUCCAAACGGAGACCCUUACGUUCGUGUCCUCAAGACGGCGGGUGUAAACACCACGGAUAAAGAGAUUGAGGUCCUCUUCCUGCCCAACGUUACUUUCGACGACGCUGGUGAAUAUACGUGCUUGGCGGGUAACUCUAUUGGGAUCUCCUAUCAUUCUGCUUGGUUGACGGUUCUUGCAGCCGAUGCGAGCAUCGCAGAGCCCGAGUAUCCACCAGACUAUGUAGAAAUCGCCAUCUACUGCAUCGGGGUGUUUCUGAUCGCCUGCAUGGUAGUGAUUGUGAUCGUCUGCAGAAUGCGCACUUCCAUUAAGAAACCCGAUUUCGGAGGCCAGCCUGCCGUGCACAAGCUCACCAAACAGAUCCCUCUGCGCCGCCAGGUAACAGUUUCAUCAGACUCGAGCUCCUCAAUGAACUCCAGCACACCGCUAGUGAGAAUCACAACACGCAGAAGCUCAGAGCACGAGCACAUCAUCCCCGAGUACGAGCUCCCUGAGGAUCCUCGCUGGGAAUUUUCCAGAGACAAGCUAACGCUGGGCAAGCCACUAGGAGAAGGCUGUUUCGGACAGGUGGUGAUGGCAGAGGCACUGGGCAUCGAUAAGGACAAACCCAAAGAAGCCGUUACCGUAGCAGUCAAGAUGUUGAAAGACGACGCGACAGAGAAGGACCUCUCAGACCUGGUGUCAGAGAUGGAGAUGAUGAAGAUGAUUGGCCGGCACAAAAACAUCAUCAACUUGCUGGGGGCUUGUACACAAGACGGUCCGCUAUACGUGAUAGUAGAGUACGCAUCUAAAGGGAACCUGAGGGAGUACCUGAGGGCCAGGAGACCACCGGGGAUGGAGUACUCGUACGACAUCGUUCGUGUUUCCGAAGAGCCGCUUACCUUUAAAGAUCUGGUCUCCUGCACUUAUCAAGUUGCCCGCGGCAUGGAGUAUUUAGCCUCUCAGAAGUGUAUACACAGAGAUCUAGCCGCCAGAAACGUGUUGGUCACCGAGAGCAACGUGAUGAAGAUCGCAGACUUCGGCUUGGCCAGAGACGUCCACAACAUCGAUUACUAUAAAAAGACCACUAAUGGUCGCUUGCCGGUGAAGUGGAUGGCUCCCGAGGCGCUUUUCGACCGCGUGUACACACACCAGAGCGAUGUAUGGUCGUUCGGGGUGCUCAUGUGGGAGAUCUUCACUCUCGGGGGUUCACCCUAUCCUGGGAUUCCUGUAGAGGAACUCUUCAAACUCCUAAAAGAGGGCCAUCGCAUGGACAAACCCACCAAUUGCACCAACGAUCUGUAUAUGAUGAUGAAAGACUGUUGGCACGCGAUCUCUUCACAGAGGCCCACGUUCAAGCAGCUGGUAGAGGAUUUGGACCGCAUUCUCACGCUGGCAAGCCAAGAGGAAUACAUUGACCUGUGCGCUCCGACAGAGCAGUACUCGCCGUGUUUCCCCGACACUCGGAGCUCCUGCUCGUCAGGAGACGACUCUGUGUUCUCUCAUGAGCCCUUAGCGGACGAGCCGUGCCUUCCCAAAUACCAGCACAUCAACGGUGGCAUUAAAACAUGAGGCUUCCGGAAGAUCCGACACACCAGCGGGAGACGCACGACUCCUCAAAACUUUUGUCUUCCUCUACUUUUUUGCCUCGUCUCCUUCCCUUACUGCUCCAGCUGGACUUAAGGAGCACGGGGUGCAGGGAUACCUCGGCAACGCUGCUGUCCUUUAACAUGAACUAAUUGAGUGUGUGAUGUUACACAAAAUGUACACACAUACACACACACACUCACACACACACACAGACCAAGCUCUUAAAAAGAAAUCGUGGACCCAUUUUUUUUUCUUUCUUUGACUGAAGUACAAGUUAUUCCCUUAAAGAGGGUCCUCUUUCUCUCUCUCUCUUUUUUUUUUUUUUUUUAAUUAUAUUAUUUUGUUCAGCUUUUUGUGUUCUCAACGUUCUUCAGCGUUCUGGCCAGUGAUUCCACGGUGCAGCUUGGCAUUCCAAGGACUCUUCAUUAUCGAGAUGGGAAAAAAAAACGGACCACACCAAAUGAAAUGAGCAAGAAAAGAACUUAAAGGGGGGGAAAACAGGAAACUUGUUAAAAAGGAAAACUCCAGCUAGCACAUAAAAGGACAUUAAAAAAUAGCUACACUGCUUCUGGUCUUUUUUUUAACUUUUUUUUUAUUUUAUUUUAUUAUUUCACAUUCCGUUGUUUGUAUUGAUAACACAGUUAUCAAAUGAAAGCCCAUGCAGUUAUUCUUAAAGGAUAAAAAAAUACAUGGUAUAUAAUUUUGGGUAUAUUUGUAAAUAUAUUAAAAAUAUGUAAAAUAUAUAAAUUUCUAUAUAAAUAUUAUAUUUACAGUGAAUUAUUUUUUGUAUGGACUCCUGAAUAAUUACUUUUUGUUCACUUUGCGCAAGUGGACAAAUUUCCUGCCAAUCUUUUUUUUUUUUUAAUAUUGUAUUUUUUUUCUACAACAUUCCCAGAUAUUUGUACACACACACAUACACACACACACACACAUACACACACAAAUCUGUCUUACCUUCACUUGCUGAAACAGCGUUGGCUUUCAGGGAAAGAGACAGCAUGUUAAUUUAUUGACUUAUUGUUUUUCAAAAAAAAAAGAAUCAAAUGUACAAAAAAUCAACACAAUAAUGAAUGAAUUAAUGACAAUAGUAAGAAUUAUUCAUAAUGAAUAUUGUUUUUUAACUUAAAAGAGGUAUUUUGUCAACACAACGGUACAAAGAAGAUUUUUUUUGUAGUGGGUACUCAGCACAUACAUGCUUCCAAUGUUUUUAUAUACAAUAUACAAAAAGAAAUGUGAAUAUUAAGUUAAAUAUAAAAUAACGUACAAUUUUUAUAGCCAGCUAAUCCCUUUUUUGUAGAGGAUCUUGUUUUUAACCAGCUAAUUUUACUCCGUGCCAAUGUUUUGCUUUUGAAUUUGAGAAAAUUCAGAAUGUUUGUUUGAGGGAUAAAGGAUUGUUAAUUGAUUUAACACACACACACACACACACACACACACACACACACACACACACACACACACACACACACACACACACACACACACACACACACACAC